AAGACUAACUGUUUGCGUCCGCCAUUGUUUAAUAUUUUUCGGCGUGGGUUGAGGGGACGCGAUAAAUUUUAUCGUAGAAACUAAACUGAUAUUGUUUUUUCGGAGUCGAAUUCAUCAUAUUUUACGGAUAAUUUACUACUGUCUCAUCAUAGUGCUCUUGUCAUUGGGCAGAACCGUCUCCUGUGGUGAUCGACCGCAGGACGAGGAUCCGCUCCAGCUACGUCUUGCGGCGUGGGUGGCGCGCUAGCCGAAAGUGAAGAAUCGCGGAAGACGUCCUAUAGGAAUGCUUUUGUCAGACUAGUCAUCGAGGAACCGGAGAGCACCCGCGAGCGCCGGCAUCACGCCACGUCAUGGAGGUAUCCAGAGAGGCGACACCGGAAGACGCUUCGCCGGAAACAGACGGCGCGAUUGUUAAUUUGCCACCUGUCGCCAGUGUAGAGCCUGAAGCGAACUGUGAUAGCAACAGUGAUGAUACUUUGUCAAAGCCUCAGUCGGCGGGUGUAGGGAGUGGUGCGGGUACUCCGGGCAUUUCGGCCGAAUGUCCGGAAGUCAAAUCGCCUCCAUCCUGUCCUGAUCCAGUGCCUUCCCCGGAUACAGUUUCAAUAGGCCUAGAGAGGGACUCGGUAGCGGAUAGGGAUGCGAUGAUAAGCGCUUGUGAACCAGACACAGUUACAACACAUUCUAGGGUCAGCCCUGAUUGCAGCCCAGAGGAGGUCGGAGCAGCUUCUUCGCCUCUGGCAGGCACUGCCGUUUCUUCCUCAAGGCAGCCACACUCGGAUGUGGUAGUUACGGAAGAUUAUUUCCAUGGUCCUGAAAUUCAUGACCUUCACGUGUUUAAACUCGAUGUAGCAAAUGGUUCCAAAACAACAGACGUCCCGCAACGCUCAGAUGAAGUAUCUGAUGGAAUCGCGUCACAUUCAGAAACACUACCGGAUGCAACUGGAAGUAAGUCGGUUGUAGACGGAGCAAAUGAUGCUGUGACAUCUUCACAUGUUGAUGAGGGUUCACUAUCGGCCAGUUGCGCUGAUGUUGAGGAAGUAUCGGAAACUGCGACACAGGACGACGGAAGUUCCAAAGUAUCGGAAACUGCGACACAGGACGACGGAAGUUCAAAGGUAUCGGAAACUGCGAGACAGGACGACGAAAGUUCAAAGGUAUCGGAAACUGCGAGACAGGACGACGAAAGUUCAAAAGUAUCGGAAACUGCGAGACAGGACGACGAAAGUUCAAAAGUAUCGGAAACUGCGAGACAGGACGACGGAAGUUCCAAAGUAUCGGAAACUGCGACACAGGACGACGGAAGUUCAAAGGUAUCGGAAACUGCGAGACAGGACGACGAAAGUUCAAAAGUAUCGGAAACUGCGAGACAGGACGUCGAAAGCUCAAAAGUAUCGGAAACUGCGAGACAGGACGACGAAAGUUCCAAAGUAUCGGAAACUGCGACACAGGACGACGAAAGUUCCAAAGUAUCGGAAACUGCGACACAGGGCGACGAAAGUUCCAAAGUAUCGGAAACUGCGAGACAGGACGACGAAAGUUCAAAAGUAUCGGAAACUGCGACACAGGACGACGAAAGUUCAAAAGUAUCGGAAACUGCGACACAUGAUGACGAAAGUUCAAAAGUAUCGGAAACUGCGAUACAGGACGACGAAAGUUCAAGAUCGAAACAGAUCGAACUAGUAGGCGAUGGGCAACUGGAAGACAAAGCGUCUGAAGGCGAUAACAUGAUCGAUUCAUGUCGUCACACAGCAUCAGUGCAGGAGGAAAACCAACAUGACGCAGGACAGCCACUCUUGGGCGUUGGAGACACCUGUAUGUCAAAUACCAGAGAGGACGUAAAGAGCUCAGAUUCAGACAAAGAGGUGGAUGGCUUUGGAGGGGACGUGGUCGAAAAUCAGGACCGUUCACAUGGUAGUCCAGGUCCGCCGGAGGAUCCACCAGAAGAUCUCUGGCGAAUUACAGACGUGAGAACGGUUUCAGAUGAAGAGCAGGUGGCGAGCUUAAAAUCAAAAAAGCUUUCGGAGGGGGAUGCUGAGGAGUUCCACCAGGGCGAUGAGUGGACACGGACUUCUGAUGAUGCAGAUCAAGGAGAAAUUCCGCAAACCGCUGAAGCCAUCUUGAGCGAUGGUCACGCUUAUGAUGAGCCGUCUAUUGAAUGCAAGGCUGAACCCGAGAUCCUUGUGCAUGCUUCAAUCAAAGAACCAUCCCGUUCCUCCGAGAAAAGUGAAUACCUGGUUGAUGGCGUUCCGGUUGUUCUUCGAAAUUUGUCGGUAAGAGUGCAGAAGCUCAGUCUGAGUAACCACCAAAGGACUUCAAACAACUCAGGUCAGGAGGGACGUGAUCGGAAGAAAGUGCAUAUUCGUGCUCCAAGACGAAAAUCGACAUGCUCCAGCCCAAGAUCGGGUUCUGAAGAACUUGAACAGAAGAAGAGAAAUAAAGCAAACAAGAAGAAACAACGGCUAAAGGAGAUCGAAGAAAGACUUCAUGAUCAUGACAGGGUAGAAAGGUCAGGGAGUGAAGAGUCCUUCGCUGGCUUUUCAAGAAGCGUCGUGUUUGGGAAACCUGGAUCUGACUCGUACCAGAUUCCCAAAAAGGUCCAGGAAAAGGUUGAUCUUCUGACGGCUGGCGGCUGCAACUCCGAUUGGUUAGAUCAUCUUGAUGAAGUGUUGGAUGAGGUGGUGAAAGGAGAUGUCAUCCACGCCCCGUCUUUCGAAGAGCAUGAGCUCAAUGAGCCGGGAAUUUUAGAUCGCAAACAAAAAGCCGGACAGAGUCGGAGACGUAGAAAGAGCUCAUCGAGGUCAGAACAUCGCGCAUCGGCUUCCUUGAAUCUACCUCUCAGUAUGCGGCCGAUGCUGUGCCUACCAAGGCUGACAGAAUCCGAGAUACGUUCAUAUCAAAGGCCGACGAUUAAAAGCACUCAUUCUCAGUCCAGCGCCACUGAAGAGGAUGCUUUGGCCGCAUCGACUGAGUACGUGCGCCCAACUCCCAAGAGUCGUCGAAGGCGGGACUCCGCAAAAGAAGCGCGGAAAUCCCCCAAGAAAGGUGAACACGUACGAAGGAGUCGGUCACGGGAAACCCAGGAUGUGCCUUCAGAGGAUGCGAAGACUUCUGCUGGUGAAGAUGGAGGCACUCCAAAGGCUGUGCUGCCGUCGCCCAUAAAGAGUCCCCAUUCAACGGAAAUUUUGAAGUCAUUAAGCAAAAGCAACAAGAUUGAGAGCCUGGAUGCCGAGCUCGUCGCCCAAGAGCUCGACUUCCUAGAGUCGGCGGAUAGCUCUGGUACCAAAAAGAACGACGCCGCAAAAGAAGCGUGGGACAGCGCACAGAAGGGGUUUGCUGACAUUUCAUCCGAUGACGGAGACCACGGUUUUGAUGCCGCUGGGCUGAUUGAUAUUCUGGAAGGUGACGAUGCCAGUCCCGCAGGAGGCUCUGAUCCAUCCAGCCCGUGUGCCAGCCCGCCGCACAUGUCCGGAGGGAGCGCAACGGGGCUGGAUGUCGGCUCGCCAGGCAACACUGCAUCGAGCGUCUCAAGAGAUGGUGACGCGGGCCCUAUGUCUCCAGACGUCCCAGUCAAAGAGGAUUCCCUUCCAUCGCUCGCAGUGGAUGUCAAUCCAGUCGCACCUUGCGCCUCGUCUACACUUCCGCAGGCGGCUGAUGACGGUCCAGCGCCGAGUGAUGAUGCUCUACCCUCGGCUAAACCAAGUGAUGAACAAACUCCUCUGAAAGUUGAGGGAGGUGACCAGGACGCGCCGAAGAAAACCUACAGCAUUUUCGUUGUUCAUGAGGAUGCCCUGCCAUCUAUCGCCAGCUCGCUCACGGAAGAUAUUGGUCCGUUGCUGGCACAGGGAGCUGACAGUGGGAUAACAGAUCAGCCAGUUGAGAGCUCGGUAAUCGAGCCGUCGCCAGCGGAUGCACAGCCGGCGCACCCAUCCGAAGCUCAGGUAGGCUCUACUGAAGUGCCAGCUACUGCUCAGGCGCCUCGUGAGACUGUGAAAGAGGAAGCCAGGGAGGUGAAGACGUAUGGUGGCUUUGUCGAAUCUAGAGCCGACAAGAAAAUCCGCAGGAAGUUUCGCGUAAAGCGAUGCGUGGUGAGGCUGCGAGAUGUCAAGUUCUCCAAAAGUCAUCGAAGGCUCUACAAGAAAGCCAAAAGAUAUCUAACGAGGCAGCUUUCAGACAAGCUGAAACAAGCGCCAUCUGGCUCGAGCAUCUCCGCCGAUUCGACUCAGGCUGUCAAGCGUGACGAAGAACUAGCGAAAAAGGAGACGAGCCAAGCCGUCGCGGAAGAAAAUCGCAAGGGUCCAGGGUCAAGCCAAAGCGCCGACUCGACAUCAGAUGCGAAAAAGCCAAGUCAGAUCACCGAACGAAGCGACAGCGCUGCAAGUGGCUCCAGUGCCUCAAAGAAGACAUCCAAGGAUCAAAGAAUCCCGAAGAAGUCUGACGGGAAGACUUCGCGGCACAAUCGGGUAGACCCGUUCUCAAGUGCGCUGAAGAGCAAAGCACCUCCGCCUCGUCUGACGAGUAAGCAUCCAAGAUACGAGAACACUUCCAGUUCACGUCCCUAUGAAACUCCAGAAGAGAAGGAAAGACGUAAGCGGCAAAAGCUGCAGAACAUUGAGCAAAAGUUGCGCGAUUCGUCUGCAGUAGCUCAGGGCUCAUCGCUUCUUGAUACUCUGCUCACGACACCGAAGCUAGCUCAACCAAAAACGAAGCCGGAUAAGGAGGAGCACAAGGCUAAACCACCGCUCAUCGAAAGCAAGCCUUCGACCGAACACGGAGUCUGGAGAAAGCGACAACGGUCCGUGGAUGGAGACCGUGAGGAAGCUGCACGGGACCGGACUCGUAGGAAAAUGUCUCCCCACGAGAUGACGCCAGACGCCUCUCGGAUGGAUGCAGAGACGUUGAAAAACAACGAAACGGGAGGUGUUUAUGGAGAUGCUCGAAACACUCCUCCAGGGGAGCCUCCAGGCGAGCCUCCAGACGAGCCUCCAGACGAUCUUCCGGGUGAUCCCGGCUGGGACGAGAGUGAGGAAGAAGUCAACGAAGAAGACGCGCCUUAUUCUCCUAGCAACUCACCAAUCCUGCUUUGUGAUCUCAAGAACAUCAAACCUCCCAAGAGGUCUCGUAAAGAUGAAGGCAAAGAAAAGGACAGCGCUGCAGCGGAGAAGGAGAAGGAGAAGGAACCCGAGGCGCCCGUCCAUCGCGAGGCCCCGAAGUCGCUCCUCAGCCUGCGUGCCUUAAAAGAAAAGGCGAUGCUGUUGAGCAAAACUCAAGUGCAUCCGGAAGCGGACGCCGUCGGACCGACCGAGGCACCAAAGAUGGACCGAGAUGACAUCUACUCGUUCGGCGGCGCGCCGGCGCCCGAGCGCGAGCGCGAGCCCGAGCUCGAUGGAGACGGCGGAGCCGGCCCGGCGCCGGCCGAGUGGCCCUCCGAUCCGACGGGCCACCUGUCUGAGGCCGAGCUGAGCGAGCUGACACUGGGGAAGGCGUUCAACGAUGAGCGUCUGGACCUCAACAUCACGCUGGACGGCGUGCUCACCAGCGCCUUCUUCCUCAUCUCCAUCGACCCGCUGCGCAUCAAGUGCAAUGUGUGCGGCGUCUCGCUGCAGGGCUUCGAUACGUACAAGUCGCACGUCGACUCGCCCGAACACCAGAAGAAAUGGCAGUUCGCGCUGGACAACCCCAAUCACAAGCCGAAUUUCAUGCCCAAGGCUGGGUUCAAGGAGCCGGUGAACCGGUUCCUGUACCUGCUCAAGAGGUCGCUCAAUGAGCAGCUGCAGAUGAUGGGCCCCGGGUUCCGGCCGCAGCUGCCGACCGUGGCUAACCCACGCGUGCUGGCGCCGCUGGUGAUGCGCGGCCCGCGGCCGCCGUUCGGCUGGCGCGGCCCGGCGCCGCCGCCGGGCGCCUGGCGCGGACCCCGGCCCGGCAUGCCCUUUCCGCCCGGAUUCCGCGGACCCCGUCCAGGCGGGCCGUUUUUUCGCGGGCCCCGGCCCAAUAUGAUGAGGCCGGGGCUUAACAUGGAAAAUAACGGCGAAGACUGGGGAGACGGCUCUGAGGAGUGGACCGGCGAGGAGGGCGAGGGCGAGGAGUACGCCGGAGAGGAGCAGGAGGCCGGCGCCGAGGGCGAGGAGCAGCAGGAGGGCGCCGACGCGCCGCCGGGCGAGGAGCCGCCGGUGCCGGGUGCGUCCGGGCCCGGGCCCGGACCCGGACAGAUGGCGGCGCCCUGGGCACCCGGACCCGGCGGCCCGAGGCCCUUCAUGGCGCCCGGAGGACCAAGGCCUGGAGGACCGAUGGCGGGAGGCCCGAGGCCUGGAGGCCCCAUGGCGGGAGGUCCGAGGCCCGGAGGUCCGAGGCCUGGAGGACCAAGGUUCGGGAUGCCAGGAGGUGUCAGACCGGGAGGGCCCAACCAAGCGCAAGGCCAACAGAUGGGCAUGCAAGGCCAACAGACGGGGAUGCCAGGACAACAAAUGGGCAUGCAAGGACAACAAAUGGGGAUGCCAGGACAGCAAAUGGGCAUGCAAGGACAACAAAUGGGCAUGUCAGGACAACAAAUGGGGAUGCCAGGACAACAGAUGGGCAUGCAAGGACAACAAAUGGGCAUGCAGGGACAACAGAUGGGCAUGCAAGGACAACAAAUGGGUAUGCCAGGGCAACAAACGGAUAUGCAAGGGCAAGUGCAGGGCCAACAAGAGGGAGGCGAGGAGAUGGCUGAGGAGAAGGAGCAAACCUUCAUCGACGGCUACCCGACGCUGGCGCUCGUGGGGACCGAGUUCAUGAUGCUGGUGGAGGGCGAUGAGAGCGGCGCCGACUUUUACGUCUGCCUGAUGUGCGUGCGCCGGAUGGGCUCAAAGGCGAUGGCCAUCGCUCACCUGCAGGCGCCGUUCCACCGCACCAUGUACCUGGAGCGCUACUUCCCGCGCGCGUUCAAGCGUCUGGGCGAGGGCCUGACGAGCAGCGACAAGCCGUGGACGGCGGCCACGUUCCAGCAGCUGAGCGUCAUCUGCACGCGCAUCCAGGAGCGGUUCGGCCGGCUAGCGCCCGGCAUGAUUUCUGAGAGCAGGUUCAACAUGGAGGCGCUCAAACUGAAGAGCAUUAUCGACGAAAACCAGCACUUCUCAGAGCCGAUGGACAUGACGUACUUCGACCUGCCGUUCCCGUUCGCCGGCAAGCCACUGACGCCGGAGGAGAUGCCGAAACUGAACGUGGGCACGGUCAUCAACCUGACGCCCGUCGGACAGAAGCCUGAGGAGGUGGCCAAAUUGCCGGCUUUUCUCGUCAAUCAGCAGCAGCCGGGGAGCGGGGCGGCGCCGGCCGCCUACCCGCCGCCCGGCAUGCCACCAAACAGCAUGCAGCCCCCGGGCGCCUACCCGACUCCGGAGAUGCAGGCGGCGGCCGGCUACCCGCCGCCGGGUAUGAUGCCUCCGGGUAUGAUGCCUCCGGGUAUGGCGCCGCCGGGUAUGGCGCCGCCGGUGAGCUCGUACCAGGCGCCGGGGAUGUACCCGCCGGCCGGCUAUCCUCCGGCCAGUAUGGCGCCGCCGGGCGUCUUUCAGCCGCCCGGCAUGCCGCCCAGCUCGAUGGGUAUGCCGCCUCCAGGCUACGAGCCGCCGCCGGGCUACGAGCCGCCGCCGGGCCUGUCGCAGCCGCCGCCCCAGAUGUGGCCCACGCCGCCGCCGGCUGUGGCUCCGCAGCCGGCCGGCGCGCCGGCGCAGCAGGACGACAUGGACAUCGAGCUGCCCAUGUCUGACGCCGACCGAACAGAGGAUGAGGCGGAGAAGACGCGCGCCAUCGUCCAGUCCGAGAUCAAACGGUGGAAGGAAUCCAUGCUGAAAAGUGAGGCCAAGGCGGUCGUCAAGGAAGGUCCCAGCGAUCCGAUAGAGGCCAAAUACUACCAGGCUGCUAAACGGAAGGCAAAAGAAAUUGAAAAACAGGACGACGACACUGAGGCCGAAAAGGAGUCCAAACCGGCCACAGCUAAGAAGGGAAAGGAUCCGAACAAAAAGGAGAUAAAGAUCAACAUCACUACAUCCAAAGAAAAGCUGAAAGAAACAAAGCCAGAACGAAGCGAAAAGAAAUCUGAGCCGACUGCUUCGAAGAAAACAGAGUCGAAGUCUGCAAAGAAGUCAGAAAACGCGAAGAAAGACAGGUCCAAAACUGACACCAAGUCGGCGAAGGACGACGGCGCCGGUAUGGAGGCGGUGAGCUCGGACGAGGAUGAGUCGCUCUACAAGGUCAAGGACGCCGACAAGUCGUCCGCCGCCCGGUCCAAGUCGACGACCACCUUCAGUCGCGGACCGGCCCAUCCCAGCUAUAAUCCGCGCCGGCCGUUCCGCCCGUCGCCGCCGCCGCGGCCGAGAUAUCACUACGACCGGCGCGGCCGGCGCCGCUCGUGGUCCCGCUCCCGCUCGCGGUCCAGAUCGCGGUCGCGGUCCCGGUCCCGGUCGCGCUCCCCGUACCGGAGCUGGCGCGGCCGCUCGCCGCCGCCGCCGCCGCGCGAUCGAUCCCGCGGUCGCUCGCCGCCGCCGCGUGACCGCCUGUCCCGCGACCGGUCGUCGCGCGGCCGGUCCGGCGCAGCCUCCGAGCUGCAGGAGCGGCGCCGCAAGUUCGAGCGGCUGGAGAAGAUGAUGCUCGACCGGCUGGCCACCAAGAAGGCCGUGUUUGACCGACGUCCCGAGGACCAUCCGGACUACGCCAACGAGUGGAAAAAGUUCUGGGAGCGCCGUUACAAGGAGGUGCAGCGCGAGGGCAAGAACCCGGACACAUAUGAGUACACGCCCGAGUGGAAGAGCGCCUGGGAGGACUACGUGGACGAGCUGUUUGUGCGCGAGCGGCACGACAAGCGCACUGAGCUGCUGCAGCAGUACGAGCUGGUGGAGGACGAGGAAGGGCACCUGGUGGACGCCAACGCUCCGCGGCGCGCCGACAGCCCCUGGGAGUCGGGCCGGAGCCGCGGCCGCUCGGCGUCCACCGACCCGGACCGCCGGCCGCUGCCGUGCAACCCGUCCCCGCCGCCCGGCAGCGGCGGCCUCCACCGGCCCGACACGGGCCUCUCCACGCUGUCGGUGGGCUCGGCCGGUGAGGCGGCGCGCGGCGCGCCCGCCCGACCGGCCGCCGUCGACCUGCCCGGCGUGCUGCGCGUGCUGACCGCCCUGGAGGACCAGCUGGGCUCGUUCGCCAGUCCGACCAACCUGCUGCUCUCGCAGGCGGUGGCCGCCGAGCGGGUCAAGGCCGGCAGCUCGGCGCAGCUACUGGCCGUCACCGAGCACGUCCUGCUGCUCGACACACUCAAGGAGAAACUCAAGGGCCAGAUCGCAGCCGGGAUCCUGCCGGCAGCCAACGUGAACGCUUCUCGGCUGGCCAUCGACCAGAUCGCCAUGCUACUACAGAACGUGCCGGCGCAUGUGUUCGAGCCGCCACUGAGUAACCAGCAGCUGGCCGACCGCGUGGCCAGCUCAGUCUCCAGCAACGACCCGAUGGUGAUCUCGCAGCAGAUCGCCGUCACGCUGACCAGCCUCGGACGGACCAACGUCUCCGAGACGGACCUCAACGAGAUCCUCAUCAAGGUGAUGAUCGCCAAGAACCUGCUGCCGGCGGCGGCGGCGGAGGCGGCUGCCCCGGCGCCGGCGCCGGCGGCGGCCGGGGUAGCGGCGCCCGCCUCGACGGCCGCGCCGGUGUCUUCAGCGGCCCCGCCGGCGUCUGCCGCCGCCGUGCCGGCCUCUUCUGCCGUGGCGUCCGCGCCGGCCGCGUCCCUGCCGGCCAGGCCGUUCGUUAGCACGUUCGCCUCGUCUGCGUCCGCGAUGCCGGCCCCGGUGGCGUCCACCAUCACCACUCCGGCCACCCACCUCAAGCCGACCACGCGGCAGGCCGGCGGCCGCGGCCCGCCGCCGCCCGAGACGCCGCUCUUCAACGCUUACGCCGACGAGCGGCCCAGCCACGCGGCGCCGGUCAGCGGAGGCGCCGGACUGAGUAUGCUCCAGUCGGCCUAUGAGGAUGACGACCACGACGGUCCGCCGAGCCCGACCCCGCCGGCCCGCGCCCCGGCGCGCAGUGAGUGGGAGCGGCCGGCGCCGCCGCCGCAGCCGCAGCCGCAGCCGCAGCCGCCCGCCCAGCCAGCGCGCGUCUCCCUGCCGCCGACACCGCUGGCGCGCGACCGCACCGAGCACCGCGAGCCGGUGACCAACCCGCCGGCUCCGGAGGCGGACGACGAGCUCAGCGCUGAGCAGAUCCACGCGCUGCUCAACAACUUCGACACGCUGAGCCGGCCCGAGCAGGAGCAGCUGAUGGAGUACCUCAAGAAGCUGGAGCGCGAGAAGAACGACAAGGUGGAGCAGCUGAAGGUGCUGCUGGCCCGCGACCCGAUCAAGACGGGCGGGCAGAAGACGCAGGCGGGCGGCGGCGCGCCGAACGGCGGGACAGCGGCGGCGGAGCCGGUCCGCCAGCGCUCCGCCAGCUCGGAGAGCCGCCAGUCGGCCGCCUCGUCGUCCGCCGCCGGUUCGGUGACGGUCACCGCAGCCGCGGCCGGCGUCAAACCCGGACAGAACGUCGAUAUCAGCAAGCUGCUGUCCAAGGAGGCGAUCGAGGCGGCGCUGCAGAUUGCCAAGCAGCUGCGGAAGAGCGGCGCGCCCGGGCGGCCGGCGCCGGCGAUGGACGCGCCGCUGCCCGCCAGUCACUUCCAUGAGGUGCCCAAUGUACCGCCGCCACUGCCCAGUGACGGCGCCAAGCCGCCCCUCCCGCCGGGUCCGCCGCCGCCGCCCCCUGAGGAGGCCAACGGCGUGCCGUACCACCAGCAGCAGGCGUACCUUCAGCAGCAGCAGCAGCAGCUGAUGCAGCAGCAGCCGGGCCAGUACGGCUGGGGGCAGCCGGCCGGCCGCGGCCGCGGCGCCCCGUUCCACCAUUACAACCAGUUCGGCGCUCCGCAGCAGGGCUACUACGACGACUCGUUCCAGCAGGGCUACGGCGGCCGGGGAGCGGCCUUCGGCGAGAAGAAACAGGAACAGGAGAGCUUCAACGAUCAGGGAGUCGACUACGGCGGCGAUAUGGAUGUAGACGACUACUCGGAGGAACAGGGAGACGAGCACGUGGAGCAGCAAGGAGAGGACUACACCCAUCAGCAGGGGGAGGAUUACACCCAGCAGCAGGGAGAAGACUAUAACCAGCAACAGGAAGAGGACUAUAACGAGUACCAGGGAGACGACUACGCCGAACAGGAGUACCCAGAAGAAGAGGAGUACCCAGAGGAGUAUGACGAAGCGAACGAUUAUGAGAGCAUGGCCAGCAAGUACAUCGACGAGGAACCCGAGGACGACCCGUACGCCGACCCUGGCCCAGGGUUCCGAAACAGGGGAGGCUUCUCGGCCGGUCGAGAUGAGUCGCCCGUCACCACCGAGGUCCGACUGCCGCUGCGACUGAUAGCCUGA